AAUGUGUUGUGCGCAUGCGCGCCCCCUUUCCUUUUCCUAUCUGAUUGACAUAGUUGUACUAUAUUUGUUUUAUCGAGCUGUUUUUGAGCUAAUAAAGGAUUUCGAGUUUCUUUUAUGAGUAAUCAAAGGAUACAGAAGCCUACGCUAACAGGCCAUCGUUUUAAGACUCGGAAAAGAGAUGAAAAGGAGAGAUUUGAUCCAUCCCAGUUUCAGGAAAGCAUUGUGCAAGGUCUAAACCAAAGUGGCUCUGAUUUGGAAGCUGUUGCAAAGUUUCUUGAUGCCUCUGGUGCCAAGCUUGACUACCGGAGAUAUGCUGAGACUCUGUUUGACAUCCUGGUGGCUGGGGGGAUGCUGGCCCCGGGGGGUUCUCUGUCUGAAGACAUGACCCAGACAGAAUUCUGUGUCUUCAAAGCAGAAGAGGAUAUGGAAACCAUGCAGGCCCACGCACAGGUUUUCAACAAGCUCAUCAGGCGUUAUAAAUACCUGGAGAAGGGAUUUGAAGAGGAGAUCAAGAAGUUGCUGCUGUUUCUAAAAGGCUUCACAGAGUCUGAGCGUAACAAGCAGGCCAUGCUCACAGGAAUUCUGCUGGCCAACGGGACUCUCUCUGCAUCCAUUCUCAGCAGUCUCUUCAAUGACAACCUGGUCAAAGAAGGUGUGUCAGCAUGCUUUGCUGUAAAACUCUUUAAAUCCUGGCUUUCUGAGCGGGACAUCAGUUCAGUUGCUGCCAGCCUUCGGAGGGUUGGCAUGGACAACAGGCUUAUGGAACUGUUUCCUCCCAACAAGCGCAGUUGUGAGCACUUCUCCAAGUAUUUCAAUGAUGCCGGGCUCAAGGAGCUUUCAGACUUUGCCAAAAACCAGCAGUCCAUCGGUGCUCGUAGGGAGCUGCAGAAAGAGAUUGAGGAUCAGAUGUCUCGUGGGGACCCCCUCAAGGAUAUUAUUGCGUUCAUCCGAGAGGAAAUCAAGAAAAACAACAUCUCGGAGCAGACGAUGAUUGGUCUGAUUUGGUCCAGUGUGAUGAGCUCGGUGGAGUGGAACAAGAAGGAGGAGCUGGUCACUGAACAAGCCAUCAAACACUUAAAGCAAUACAGCUCACUGUUGAAGGCUUUUACAUCCCAAGGCUUCUCAGAAGUUACUCUCCUACUGAAGGUCCAAGAGUAUUGUUAUGACAAUAUCCACUUCAUGAAGGCCUUCCAGAAAAUUGUUAUUCUGCUCUACAAAGCUGACGUCUUGAGUGAAGAGGUAAUUCUGAAGUGGUACAACGAAGCCCAUCUAACCAAAGGAAAAAGCUUUUUCCUUGAGCAGAUGAAAACAUUUGUUGAAUGGCUUAAGAAUGCAGAGGAAGAGUCUGAAUCUGAGUCUGAGGAAGAGGACACAGAUUGAGGAUUUACUGCCACAAUCAUCUUCAUGCUGUUUUUAAAUGACCAUAACACCAGUGCUGUCCAAGGAUUUGUUACUGAAAUACAGAACUGUGUCUACAGUUUAUUUUUUUUUUUACAGUUUAUCUUUCUCUACCUCUGCAUAUCUUUUUCAACUGUUAAAGAAGGGCUUUUAUAGUCUUUAAACUUGCCUUUGUUCGCAUCAAGAUUGAGGUUUUUCUUUGUAUUUCUUCCGGAGCCAAUCUCAGUGCCACAUUUAGCUCGAGGAAUUGAAAUAUAUUUUAGGAAAAAAAAAAAAAAAAAGUUUAUGAAAAGAUGGUUCCCUUUUAAGAUUUGACAACAGAUUUCAUAACUACUUUUAUUUACUUUUGGAACUCUUGUUUGCCUGAGGUUUACCCGUGUCAACGUGAUGAUCUGAAACACAAAAUGUUUUUGCGACCUCAUUUUACAUUUCUGCUAGUAAUGUUAAAACAUUAAAUUUACUGCUCAUACUGUCACAGUUGUUGGUACUGGAUCUGUGUAAGUGUUAAGUAGGAAACGUUGGCCCAAAAAUAUUUUUUGUUCUUUUUUUCUGAUAAAUCUCAUUUAAAAGACAUGCUUGCUUUUUUGAGAUUUUCUCCUUUGUUAUACAUUUUACAAUAAAUGGAAAGUACCUCUA